AUCCCGGAAUCAAAGGGCUUCCCCUCUCACCUCUUCUCUUCAAACUACUUCUGCUCCUCCUUUCCCCAUCGUCUCCAUCAAAUUCCAAAUCACACCUUUACUAAUAAGAAUUUACCACUUCUUCUUCGCAUAAACCACCACCUCUACGGCGGCCCCGAGGCGGUUCCUCACCCACCUCCCGGCCGCCGCCACCACCACCACCACCACUCUAGUAUAACCGAUCACCGUUUUUUUAUUAAUUUUUUUCCUGCAACAUUUCCUAAUCCUCAUUUCGCAUUUUCGUUUUCGAAUGGGAGAUCCGCAAAAUCCAUACGACUGCUACGCAACCGCCGAUCCAUCCGCGUCAUCCGCGUCGUCGUCGUCUCAGUCGUACGUCUCCGAGGGCGAGGACGCGCCGCCGCUGUGGACGAAGGCGCGGACGCUGACGAAGCAGCUGUCCAUGCUCGAGGUGCCGCGCAACAUCGCGUGGGAGCGGCGCCGCCGCCAGGUCCAGCAGCAGGAGCGGCGGAAGAGCGAGGAGGAUCUGACGGACGAGGAUCUGAACGAGCUCAAGGCCUGCAUAGAGCUAGGGUUCGGAUUCGACGCCGAGGAAGGGCAGAGAUUGUGCACCACCAUCCCCGCGCUAGAUCUCUACUUCGCCGUGAAUCGCCAGUUUCUGACGAGCCCCCUCGCCAGCCCUAGCAGCACUGGCUCUGCGCGGCUGCGGAUCGGAUCCCCAAGCCCUAGCCCCGCCCCCGUUCCCCCCUCGCCUACGCCGCCCGCGACGUUAAGUCUCCGAUCAUGCUCCUUCACCGGAGAAUCCGAUUCGUGGAAGAUUUUGAACAAAGGCGAUGAUCCCCAGCAAGUGAAGACGAAAUUGCGGCAUUGGGCACAAGCGGUAGCAUGCUCAGUGAUGCAGUCCCCAAUUAGAGGCGGUGGCAUGGAUUAGACGAUCUAUUCUAGCCAGGCAUAGACAGAGAAACAAUUCAACUCGAGAGAGACAGAGAUUACACGAUCUACCUCUCGGAAUGGCAGGGCCGCCGCCGCCGCCGUCGGUAGAGGUGCCAGUCAUGCUCCGCCGCUCGAUCGCCAUUAAUGAUUGAGAGUUGAGAUAGUAAGUAUUUCCUUGAACGUGGAUGUAUUACUCCUACUAGAGAAUCGAUCUUGUUGCCGCUACUGCUGCAAACGUUACGUCAAUGUUGUUCUUGAACGUGACAGAAUUUGAUCCUUUUUUUCAAUUUUACAGAUAGAUGAUAAUGUUCAUCGAUUUGUUUCCGAAUACUUGACAUUGUGAUUCAUAUCCGAAUCUUAUGAUUUUAUUUGCAAUGUUAUUUUUUUAUAGUA